AUGAGCAAAACCAGCUUAAUAGAAAAUAAUUUCAGUUUAAAAUGCUUAAACCACUAGAAAGCUUAAGCACAAUAUUUUUGCUAAUUACCUUAAUGUCAAUAACAUAGAAUAUUUUGUGAGAAAUGUCUAAAUGAUUUUCAUUCCCAACACUCUGAUUCAAUAUGUCAUCUAUCAAAGCUGUUUCUAUUACUUGAUGAAAAGUCCCUAAAAGCAGAAUAAAUCCUGCAAUCAUAUUACAAUUAAUUCAAAAGUCUAUAAGAACAUUUUAGUGUCACAAUUAGAGGAUUGCGAUAUAUGUUCGGAGGGCUGUCAAAUGAUUUAUUAGAGCUUGAUUAGAAUCAAAUUAUUUAGUUUCUUGACCAAUUAAUUCACUUUGACGAAAUAAACUAAUUAUAUAGAGAUUAAGUAGAGAGCAAAUUACACAAGAUCUUGGAAAUUCUGAACCAAAUAUUUUCAAAGUUACCAUUACAAGAUAUUGCAUAUAGGAUACCCUAAGAUUUAGCACAAAAACUAUAAAAAUAUUAAAAUUUUGGUUAAAUCAUUAAAAUAUAUUAGGCAUGCAAUUAAAAGAAUAAGGUCUUUAUAGUGAGGCUAUGA